CUUUCCUGCACUCACCACCUCCACUUCCAUUUUUGCACUCCCAUCGUUCAACUUCCAUAAGAACCAACCACAAGCUUACGAAAUCUCUUCUUAAAGGCCCCUCAUCGAUUGAUCCGCCUUAUCUGCCAAGUCUCUUCAUAUCACAUUCAAUUACAAUCAUGGUCACAACGCGCUCCAGAGGAAACAAGCAGGCCGCUGCCACUCAGGAUGCAAAUUCCACCGCUGUUGCUGCACCCCAGCAACUCAAGCGUAAGGGUAGCAAUGCCUCGAAUGUCUCGCCUGCUGCAAAGCUCUCUAAGACGGAUCCGACUGUAGAUUUGGUCACAGAGGAGCUGCCGAAGGCUCCUGCACCAACACCCGUCGCACAACCUCAGCAACCGCCACUUGUAGCCGCGGUCGAGGCAGCAUUGCCAGUAGCGGGCUCGAACACUACCACAGCUGUCCCAGCGCCUGCUUCCGCUUCAGCGACCGUGCCCGCAGUGGCAUCUACCACCGACACAACGACGACGACACCUGCAACAGUCGCGGCAUUGGAGACAUUGAAGGAACCAACCCCAGCGGAGGCUCCCUUGCCAGAGGUUUCCACUGUUUUGGGCGAACCGACGACUGCCGCCAGCCUCACGGCUCCGAUCACGACAACACCACCAGCACUCGCGGCUCCUCAACUGUCGACGAUCCCGGCCCAGGUUCCCCUGGCUUCAAUGACGACAACGGCUCCUUCGGCUGCAGCAGUGGCAGAGCCAACAGCUGCAGUCACUACUAUGGCUUUUUCAACAGCAGUACCCUCCCUGUCAGCGAUGGCGGACCCUUUCAGUUUAAGCGGCGCUAGUGCCAUGGACGGUGUAACUGCCCCCGCUGCUGUGAUUCCCUCAACAGCAGUGCCCUCGCUGGCAGCGGCGGCGGACCCUUUCAGUUUAAGCGGUACUAGUGCCACUAAUGGUGCAGUUGUUGCGCCCGCUGCUGUGGUUCUUCCAGCAGCAGUGCCCUCACUGGCAGCGGCGGCGGACCCUUUGAACUUGAACAACGCCAACAUCACGGCCGCUGUUGCUCCAUCAGCGACGACGAUGCUUCAGCCCCAGGCCUUUGGAGUGAACGGUGGUGCAACUGACAUGAUCACAGAGCCAUCGGCAAAGUUGAAUGGCACUGGGCAUAUGUCUUCGGUGUUGGGUGGAAUUGACGCUGCAACCACAGGUACGAAUGCGGCAGCCGCUGGCGCUGGCACAAACGAACCACAGCCAACGAUGAAUGCAGAGCAGAAGGUCAAGCAGUCGAAUGGACCAACUCUUGGCUAAGAAGACGAAAACGGCUUUUUUCUUGGAUAGCGUGAUUUGAGAUCUUGACGCGUCGAUUCACAAUCAGACUGAAGCGUUGUAUAUACGCCUUUUUUUUUCUUUUUUUUUUUUCAAGUAAAUAAACUCAAAAAUCGAGCU